AGGGCAUUCAAAUUUUAUUACAAGGAUACUUUCGCUAUUAGAAAAGGCGAUGCAGAAUCCAUUAACACAGGAGAUACCAUCCGUCGGCUUCCAAUCAGGAGUUUUAAUUGGCCGCGUGGCAAUAAUCGUCCCCACGAGAGAAGAGUAAAAUAUACCAGGUUCUGUAAUUACCCCAGGUGCAUUUUUCACCAAGCGAUACAGCUUUAAUCCAGAACUGUGCAAAGUGGGAUAUCUAAUUGGUACCCGAUAUCAAAAUAUUCUAUUUGUUUCAUUUGACCAUUAACCAUAGCUGGCAUGAUUCUACCCAAGAUCUAUUAUUACAUAAAAUAUCAGUGAAAACAAGUACUUAAUUGCACCUGGUGGCUAAUGAUUUCACUAUGAUAACAAUUAAGAAGGAACAAGAUAGACUCAGAUAGACACUAUAAGAACUCAGUAACCACUGUCACAUGUGUAUGACACUUUACAUAUGAAGGAAUUUCCAAAAAAUUAUAGAAUCAAGUAAUGAAGAGGCAAAGUGGAUACCUGGAAUCUAAAAAGAAUAACAGUCCUUCAUCUAUAAGUUAAAUUAAAGAAGUUGGAUAAAUAGCUGUUGGCUAACUGAAGGAAUUGUAUGGAGUCCAUAAAUCCAAUGGGUUCGCGUCCGUAGGGCGUCGCGCGAAGAUAUCCAUGAGGAACGGUCCGUGGUUUUAUCCCCGACUGAUCUCGUCGGACAUUAUAGCCAGGAUCGUGCGAGGGAAGAUUUUAUGAAAAUUAGAAGGGGCGUACUCGCCGGGAACUGGUGUGGGCGUCCUGGCUCCUCCCCUGGGCACAGAAGAGAACGCCUGUAGCCUCUACUAUCUGACUCCGUUCCCUCCUCUACGAAAGGUGACUGUCCAGGGCAGUUUCAGAGCCGCAGUCAACGACUGCACCACGUCCUGAUCCUGGUCCCUGUUACUUGGUCCUCGUUCAGAUCCUACGAGCCGACCAAGCUUGCGGAUCACGUUGAUGAAACUUUUCCAAUCACAAUCAACGCUCAGUGAAACAUCCCCAGGAAGUACAAUUAUUCUUAUUCGCACUGUGGAUGAUCUUAAUCGUGAAUCGUGACUUUGUGCCCCUUUAGUAAAAGAAAUCAACGCAAUUUGUAUCAUCAAGGGGAUGAUAGUGACCUUUGUGAAAAUCUUAAUCAUCUCUGGAUAAAUAGUGUCUUAAACUAAAGAGUGUAUCUAAUUCCCGGUGCCAUUGACAGUAUUGACUGAUAGUGUCUUGUGAUCCUGUAAACAGUUAAACAGAUAAUUAAUUUUUUUGCCAGUAUUGACAGUGACAGUCGUUACUCUGAUUCCAUAAGAAAUAAAUGAUAAAAAAAAAAGAAAAGUACCUUAAAGAGUAUAUAAGCUGAAACAAAUGAAAGUAGAAGAUCAAAUAGAUCUUUAGUAAAUUCAAGGAAGCUUAUGUAAAAGUAAAAUAUAAAAAUUCCAUAAAACUCCUGCAAUCUCAGCACCUACCGAAGUAACUGAAAAAUCAAAUAAAUCAAAUUGAUAAUCCAAUCUUAAGAUAAUCUCAGCGCGAAAGAGAAGUCUGACGGCAAAGUAAGCGCGCGUUGCAAAAGGAGCGGCCCGAGCGGCCAGCUGGAAUAUUUAUCAGAGAAACGAACGCGUAGUUGCACCGCGGUGCGUAGGACUAAUUAAUUACGUCGGCGAGAAGAGCUGCGUGCUGGGCGGCGUGCGCAAUUAAUUAUUCAAAUAAGACCUGACGAGGAGUAAAAAAACAAGGGCAAGGAAAAACAAAUAGAGAGAAGGAAAAGCGACUCGCAUGCUCUGGGAUCCUUGGCUAUCAGGCAAGGAUCGAGGAUAACGCCGUACCUAUACGCCUCAGAAGGAACUUUACUUCAUUCGCAAGACGUUAUCAGGACGCCGAUCCUCUCUGCGGCUAACCAUGUCAAUCUUGGACUGAUUAUACCAAAUGCCGUGGUCGUAGCUCUCGGGGAGGAUGUUCCACGGGAGCGGAAGUGGCGGGUACGGCGCAGGUUCCGAUUACCAGCAGCAAACCCAACAGCAACAACAACACAGCCAGCAGCUACAAGCGCCCGUUUACGUUCCUUCUUCAAGACCGACGAUACCUUCGGCAGCCACGGCCGCCCAAUAUCAUUCAUUUCCAGGCUCGGCCUCACCCGCAUGGGAAAAAACAGCUUCAUGGCAGCACGGGGUAGAUACCUACGCUCAUCACGCACUCGCAAGCCACACUGGGAGCUCCGGAGGCGGUAUGGGACCUCACGCAGGACAUACUCAUCCUCAUACGGGUCAUCCUCACGCAGCUCAUCCUCAUUCGACCUUAGCAGCAGCGGCAGCCGCGCCCUUUUACGCACAGAACGUCGCUAUGAUGUCCUCGUGGCGCGCCUACGACAGCGCAGGCUUUCAACGUGCCUCUCCAUACGACACAGCAAUGGAUUUUCAAUUUGGAGAAGGACGCGAGUGCGUGAACUGCGGCGCUAUUUCCACGCCGCUUUGGAGACGGGACGGCACUGGUCAUUAUCUGUGUAACGCCUGCGGCCUUUAUCACAAAAUGAACGGGAUGAAUCGUCCACUGAUAAAACCAUCUAAACGCCUCAUCUCCGAAUUCCAGACGGCUACGCGACGGCUUGGACUGUGCUGUACAAAUUGCGGCACAAGGACGACAACGCUUUGGAGGCGCAACAACGAAGGAGAACCGGUGUGCAACGCAUGUGGAUUGUACUUCAAGUUGCACGGUGUGAACAGACCAUUGGCCAUGAGGAAAGACGGGAUUCAGACCAGGAAACGCAAGCCUAAAAAGACGCCUGAACCGAACGCCAGAGCCUCUGUCGGUGAUCAUGAAACAACAACGUCAACAACGUCAUCGCCGUCCAGCGAACUCAAGAGCAGUCAGCAACAGCAACAUCAAAUAGACACUGCCAAAUCCAGCAGCUCAUCCGUCACUACUGAUCGUCCAGUUUAUCUGGGCCAUACCUCCUUACUUGCAACCGGAAGUACAGCAGCUGUCAAAACGGAACCUAGAAGCUGCGACGGUACAGUCGGACAAGCCUAUACCUCUUACUAUCAACAUCCUCAUCAACUUGGUACUCCUACUAGCGAGCAUCAACAACAGAGCUAUUACGGCACCCAGGAAGCACCUUAUCAUCAUCAACAUCACGUCACUGCCGCAGCUAAGCUUUUGGCGUCUUCGUAA